AUGGAUAUCACCAGCUAUGUGGUGCAGGGCCGGGACCAAGCCCUGCUCUACGGCGACUACUCCACCUAUCACGGCCAACUGGCCAAACGCCUCCUGAGCUCUCGCAAGAAGCUGGGCAUCGUCACCAAGAACCGUGGCAAGUUUCAGAGCAAGGAAGAGAUUGGGGCUGAGCAGGUUUCUUCCAAUAUUCACUAUGUCUACCUGCUUCUCCUGACAAGCGAGCGGGCCUGGGCACAGGCAAUGAGCUUCAAGGCCUCAAAAUCGGCUGCGCAAAAGGACAUCACUGGCCGGACCAAAUCGCACAUCGUCUCCCGACUCAACAAGGCUUCCCGUACUUCGCAGCGUCUCGUUGAGCUUCUUUCGGAUUCGGCAUCUGGCGCCUCGGCCAACGAUAUUCUCGAGGCGAAAUCAUACGCUGCCCUGAUCCGCGGCGCCAUGCUUUUCGAGAAGCACGACUGGGAGCUUUGCCUUCAGAGUUAUGCUGUUUCCCGUGUCAUCUACAGUGCGCUUGCAAGCGCUGGUAAAGGCGACCUCUUCAAGGAUCUCUUGUCCGAGACCAUCGACCCUUCUAUCCGAUACGCCGCCUACCGGCUGAAGACACCACGGACAACCCCCAUUCCAACCAUUGCCAAAAAUUCAUUCCCCCGAUCAGACGAUGCCCUUGUCAAGGAAAUCAAUCGUCUCGACCCAAGCAUACUGGCUGAAGGCAACGACGCAACCAGGCUGGGAAAUGCUGCAGAGAACGCACCUACGACCAUCACCUGGCGCUCGCGACAAGUUCAAAUUGAAGACGCUCAGAUAUCAUUGGCAUGGGCCUCUGUUGAAACUGCGAAAGCCACCCUCACCCGAAACUUGACGCAAUCGCAAGACAAGCAGCCUUAUGAAAUUGCAGCCCAGUACGACGAAAUUCUUAUGGCAACACAGGACGUCGUCGACGCUACGAAGCAAGCCAUUGACGAACUCAAGGCAGAGGGCGUACCCCAGAGCGACCCGCGUAUGCAGCGACUGCAAAUCACCCGCACUGCCGUCAACUACGAAAUGAUCAGUUGGAGGAUCGGUCGCAACAGAGUUCUGACCGGCCACGACGACGGCGGACCCGAGGAUUACAACGCCUUCCGAAGAAGAAAAGUCAAGAUCCCUCAAGACACCGAAGCCACCAAACAAAGGAGACAGAGAGAGCUUCCGCCCAGCAAGAAGCUUGCCAAACUGAAGGAGAAAGUCGCCCUGUACGAUGGUACGCUACAAAACGUCCAGUCGAUCAAGGAGCUUCCCGGUGUGGCCGCCGACGAGGCGCUCGCGACCAGGCUCAACGGCUACGAAAAGUACUUUGGAGCGCUCAAAUGUCUCUCCAUUGCCCGAUCCCACGCCAUCACCGACGCCGCCGCCAACGCCCUUGCCCUCAUCAACCACGCCAACUCACUCAUUCAAGAAGCUUCCUGCAACCUACCUCGAGGAGACGACGAUAUCAAUCAGCAGCAAACCGCCCCAUUGAGCAUCGACGUAACUGCCAACGCCGUCUCCUUCCUCUCCAGUCUCCUCAACGGCGAGCUCCAACGCUACAGGGCCAUUGUCCACAUGCACAAUCUCCGCAACGCCGAGCGCGAAGCCGCCGAGGGCGACUUCGACUCUCCUCUCAUCUCCAAGCUGCACAUCUACCCCCGACGCGUAAACCUACGCAAAAUAGUAGAGUUUCCACCCAAGAUGGAACUCAUGCCCAUGAAGCCAAUCUUCCUCGACGUUGCCUGGAACUACAUCGAAUACCCGGGUAAGACACGUGCGUCAACAACAGCGCCUGGAACAAGCAGUGCUGCAAAGGAGGAACAGCCCAAGAAGAAGGGCUGGUUCGGCUUUGGACGGUAG